UGAAUUGGGCAAUUUUUGGCUUCGUUUUUCUUCGGAAGAAGAAGAAUAGACGCGACAAGAGCCAAGGAAAGCAGCAGAGCGACUCCGUUGAACAAGCAGAAGAGCUGACUGUCAGUGCACAGUAGCUUAUAAACUCUGUAUCUACUGUUCUCGUCUAGUCCCUAGUCUCUGAUUUAUUACGAACCUUCAUUUCUUGAAAACAAGAAACGCUAGUUUGUACAAAAGAAAAGAAGACAGAUACUUCUGUUACUCUACCAUCAUCAGGAUAUACUUCCAUUGCAAGGCUUGUAGUCCUCAAGGUUGCUAGACGCUGUAUUUUUCAUUUCAAUUGUUUUUUGGAGGGUGUCCCAUUGUUUGGAGCAAAGGAGUGUCAUUGUGUAAACAGGACCAGUAAACAACAACAAGUUACAGCUGUAUUCUGCACAAACUCACCAAGAACGUCAAAAAGAUGGAGCCUGUCUUAUGGCAAUCCAAAGACCUACCUGUUAAUCCAAAACAUGUAAUCCUACUGGAUCACUUCCUACCAUCAUUCAGUCCAGCUCCUUCUUCCUCUGCUGGGAGCGGUUAUGAAAGUGGGCGACAGCAGACCUUUAGUCCACCAUCAGCUUGUCCAAUAUCACCCGAUUCCUCGAUCCUCUCUUCUUCCUUCUCUCCUUUUUCUCCUCAGCUCUGCGAGCCUUUCUCAGCUCAGUAUCUGCUAGUUUCAAGUGAGCCUGGUUUCUCGUUUGGCGUGGCCACUUGUGGCCCGAAUCCCACGGAGUUUGAGCACCUCUCAAUACCUCUACUUCAAGAUAUUGUAGACGCUAGUCAGUCCAACAGUGAGCCUAGUCCUCAGUCCCUUGAACUCACAGCUGCAUUCACAAUGGCUAACAUACAGUCCUCACUUAUCUCGGGUGAGAACCAGCUCUGGGUCGGGACAGAGAAAGGGACUCUUCAUUCGUUAGAUCUCUCUCAGGAAAGUACCGGAUUUAAGUUAAAAAACCACCAAUGCAUAGGCCUCAAUGUCCCCAUUCUAACGCUUGCAGUGCGAGCAUCAAACUCGGUCCAUUCUUCCAUGUCCUCAUCCCCCACGUCAACUCUAAGAAGUGAAGGCACUAGGGGUGAAGUUCUUGUUGGAACUCCCUAUGGAUACGCCGUGGUGUUUGAAGGACUCGUAGAAAGAGACGGCCGUUUUAAAGAACACUUAAACAAGCUAUCGCAGAGAAUAAUCCGACUCUCAAAUUCCCCAACGGAUUGCUCGGUCCAUUGCAUCGCCCACGUACCACUAGAGGGCCAGUGCGAUACCUACUGGUGCUCAUUCGGAGGUAACAUUGGGAUAUUCCGAGGGACCGAUUGGUGCAAGCUGGGGUCACUGGAUGCAAGGGAUGGCCUCCAUUUAUCGGCUACUAGGAAUAGAAGCGAAGUUAACCAACUGAUAGUUUGUGAUGUAGGAGUCUGGACUUCAGUUGCUCACUGCACUACUGUUGUGUUGAGAGAUAAGAAUGACUUCAGUCCUAAAAUACAAUUGACAUAUUGUGAUCCCCAUCACUCGAGGCAGCAGCGCUCACAAAUCACGACCAUACACUACUCAAACUCAUUCCUGUUCAUUGGUACCAAGAAAGGCGACGUCAUGGUCUUCAGAAUAGACUCCUCCCUAAACCAAUCUGACCCCUCCCCUUCAUCAUCUCUCUCGUACAAAUUCAUGGCUAGUACGCAGGUCACCUCUAGACCGAUACAACAAAUAUUCACGACAGACGAGACCCUUCCUAUAUCAAUGUCCACCCCUCCUAUAUCCACUGACCCGUUUGACGAAAGGCUGAACAGCCGAUUACAAGACACGCCCCUUUUUCACUCCGCCAUGCACCUUCUGAUCGUGACAGGCGGAGACAGAGAACAGAUUCAUUUGUACGAGCUCUCCCUUUCCCCUCCUCCAAGUGUGAGAAGCUCUUGUACCGUGUCUCCUUUAAGCUACACAUCACAGAGAAGCAACAGUUUGAGGAUGACACCUCAGAAAGUGACUGUUGUCUCGUCAAGGAUUGACUACAUGCCUCUCAGAGAUAAGAGUUAGAAAGAGUAAAUAUUAUAAUUAUUAUACAUGUGUUACUCUUGUACACAUAUAUGUAUAUUCACUUUUUAUUGGACAUGAUAUAUUAUUAAGGUCACAUUAUACAUAAUACAUAUACAUGCUCAUCCAUAAUAUUCUAUCACCAUUUAUCAGCAUAAGCUACAUAUACACAUGUACACUUCUAUUAUGCAGGGUCUACAGGAUACUGUGUAUUAUUAUUAUUAUUAUUAUUAUUAUUAUUAUUGCUAUUUUUGUUAAUGCUUCAUAACAUUGCCAUAUAUUAUUAUUAUUAUUAUUAUUAUUAUCAGCUGCAACAGAUUUAUAUAGGCACAGCUAUAAUAUAGUUUAUAAUUUUUAAAAAAUUAUUAUUUAUGCUAUUUUUCUCUUAUUAUGCAAUCAAUCUGUACCAUAUAACGCACCUUAUAUUAUUUAAUAUAUUAUAAAUAUUAUUAUUAAU